AUGGAGUCCAUAUCGAGGAUGUCCAGCUUCCUAGGAACAGCAAGAGCGCUGACCCUCGACGUGGCUCAGGCUACGCGCAGUGUCAGCUCGAGCUCUCCCUCCCUCAGCCCAAGAGAAAUUGAGAAAAGCCUUGAAAGCGGAAGUGAUAAAGAUGUCCUGGGCGCAUUGCGGCAAGUUAUAUCGAUGAUGUACCGAAGCCACGAGACAUUGGGUUUCUUCAAAUCUGUCGCCAAACAGGUUGCGUCGCCGAAUGCCGAGAUCAAGAAGCUGUCCUACAUAUACCUCACCCAUCAUGCCGAGGAGGAAUCUGACCAGGCCCUAAUUUCGGUCAAUAUCAUGCUAAAGUCGUCACAAUCUGAUCCCAACCCGCAGAUGCGAGCGUUGGCACUCAAGACAGUGUCUGGAAUUCGCGCAGAGUCCAUCAAUCCAUACGUCCUGGUUGCCGUCAAGCAUGGAGUCGCAGAUAUGAGUCCUUAUGUGCGAAAAGCUGCAGCUCUAUCUAUCCCCAAACGCUAUCGCUUAGAUCCAAGUCAGUCGCCAGAACUGAUUGGCUAUCUCGCAACUCUUAUCGGCGACAAGCAGUACUACGUAGCUGGUGCAGCCGUGUCUGCUUUUUUGGAGGUCUGCCCAGACAGAAUCGACUUGAUUCACCCACACUACCGAGGUCUGGUGCGCAAGAUUGUCGACAUGGACGAAUGGAGCCAGCUGGCCAUGCUCAGACUCAUGACAUAUUAUGCAAGAAGAUGUUUUCCCAGAGUCGCGCAGUCCGCCGCAACGCCGCGACAUCAUGAUACAAAUGUCGAUGAUUUUUAUGGCGUCUCGCCACAUGAAGACAAGACACAGCAAGUUUCUCUCCAUAGCGACCUGCUGUUACUUCUCAACAGCAUCAAGCCACUUCUUCAAAGCCGAAACUCGGCUGUUGUUGUUUCGGUGACGCGAUGCUUCCUUGAAGUGGGCACUCCAGAAUACGUCAAGCUCGCCAUUGGGCCACUGAUUGCGCUUUUGCGGGGGGCUCAGGAUAUCCAGCAGCUUGCAUUGUACAACAUUGUUUCAGUUUGUCUCCAGACGCCAAAAGACUUUGUCAAAUAUGCCAGUCACUUCCUCGUUAGAGCUACGGAUCCUGCGCCGGUGAGAGAACUCAAGCUGGAAGUCUUGACGCUUAUUUUCCCGCACAGUCCGCUCCACGUCAAAAGUCUCGUCUUGAAAGAGCUGGAGCACUUUUCUCAAAGCUCGAACAAGGCUCUGGCGCUGGAGGCGGUGAGGGCGAUUGGGCGAUGUGCCCAAUCCGACGCCAAGACAGCUCCGAGAUGUCUCAAACUUCUUCUCAGCCAAACCACUAGUUUAGACGGAACUUCAAUAGCAGAGUCUUUGACAGUCAUUCGUCACUUGAUCCAGCAGGAUCCUGAGGGUCAUGUCGGAACUGCCGUUCGGCUGGCCAAGAAUCUUGACUCAGCGUCUGACCCGCAGGCCAGGGCGACCAUUAUCUGGCUGGUGGGUGAGUUUUCUGGUGUGAAUGGCGAAGACAAUAUUGCGCCAGAUGUUCUCCGCAUUCUCUUGAAAGAUUUCGUGAGUGAACCCGAAGCUGCCAAGCGACAGAUUCUACUUCUCGGAGCGAAAGUUUACCUCCAUCAUCUAAAUAGAACGGCCGAGACGGAGAAGGCCAAGGGAGCAGUAGGGGAUGCCCCGCGAGAGCCAGACACCCACCCUAUCGUCCGUCUUUGGGACUACUUGCUCCUACUUGUAAGAUAUGACACCUCUUAUGAAUUGCGAGAUCGGGCUCGAAUGUACAAGUCGCUUCUUGAGGUCCCUCAGCUGGCCACGUUGAUCGUUUUAGCGCCAAAACCAGCACCGGAAGCCCCCAGUCCCUCGGAGUCCAGAAAGGGCUUCGUGUUGGGCUCCUCGACGCUGGCUUUGGCUGGAGGUGGCUGCAUUCAUGGCCUAAGGGGCUAUGAAGCCCUUCCUGACUGGGUCGAGCUGGGUAAGGAACCUGAUUCCCGUCUCAGAGACCAAGCCGACGGUGGCACGUCUUCUCGACAUGGUGAAAAAAGUGCGGUGCCGGCUGGUCAAAUGUUGGACCAAGCCGUGAACUUGAGGCCACUGCCGAAUAAGUCAAAUGGGUUGGGAGAGGGUGUAGGGGCCAAGACCUUGGAUGAUUGGCUUGCAGAGGAUAUUGAGGAGGAGAGUGAAGAAACCGAGGAGGAAACGGAAGAGGAGGAUGAAGAAGAAGAAGAAGAGGAGGAGGAGGAGGAAGAAGAAGAAGGAGAGGAGGAGGAGGAGGGGGAGGAGGAGGUAGAAGAAGAAGAGGACCAGAGUGAUGAAGAUGGCGAGCGUAGCCGUCUUGUCAAGGGAUGA